AUGGUGGGUGUCAACGCCUUUUGGCACAGCCUGGGCUGCUGCCUGUUCAUUCAUGCUGUCUUCUCAACACCAAUACCCCUUCGAACAGGCCGCUCUACACAAUGGCCUAGUAGCUACGCAUCAUUGGGUGACUCCUACGCUGCAGGAGCCGGUGCAGGUUCCCCCGUUGUGUUUAGCUGUGGUCGCUUUUCCGGGGCAUAUCCGGUCAAGGUCGCCGGUGGCAAGCAAUUGAACAUUUCUCACGAAAAUGUCAGGUAUCUGGCAUGUGGGGGGAGUAAUGGCCAGAGCGUGCUGUUCCACCAAGUCCCGUUUAUUGGAAACUCAGACGUUGUCACCAUAACAGCAGGUGGCAACGAAAUUCAUUUCUUCAAUGUACUGAACGCUUGCGUUUACCACUGGCUUCCAUUUGCCGAUUGUGAAAAAGAAAUUGGGGAAGCAAGAGCCAUGGUUCAAUCACGGAAUCUCAUCAAUCAAAUUGAUACUGUCAUUGCGAGAUCUGCCAAAUGCAUGCAUCCCGAUGCGCUCCUUCUGGUCACAGGCUAUGCGAGGUUUUUCAAUGAACGUACUGAUCUGUGCGAUCACGUCACAUUCAGCAGGACAAGACCAUUGGACUAUCUCACCAAGGAAAAGAGGAGAGCAUUGAAUCAGUUGGUUAGUAUGUUGAAUGAUGUGAUCCGAGCAUCAGCAGAACUGCACGGCGUAGAAUACAUUGACAUCGAUCCCGUCUUCGAGGGUCACCGUUUCUGUGAGGAUGGUGUCCGUGAGCCUGAUAUUGGGCGAGAAGCAACGUGGUUUUUCAACCUACCCGCUGCCAAGUUUCAAGGAGAAGAGCAACAAGACGAACUGCGCUCGGCUUCAAUCAUCGCACCAAAGGUGAACAAUCUUCAGCACUUGGUGAAGUUUGGCCAGCUUCAGUGGGCGAUUUCAGAUGGAGAGGAUACAGAAAGUCGUCACACUCUGAGCUUCCCAGAUCUGGAAACAGUAAGAACAUUUCAUCCAACGGAAAUUGGCCAUCAAGCCAUUGCGGAUGUUAUUGUCAAAGCGAUCUUGAAGAGUAAAUUGGUUCUCCCAAGUGACUGA